AAAUCCUUGCACUUCAACUUACUUACUUCGAAAAUGUUGGUGGAUGCUUUCUGGGCGACUUUCUUGGUUGCCUUUACAAUUUUCCUUGUUUGUCGAGGGAUAUGGAUAAAGACACCGACGCUCCUCAUGUUUGCGGCUGCGUAUGGCAAGCAUCUUCCGGACCGGAUAAUCGACGUGAUACCCAUCUUUUUCGUUCCGAAAAGCUGGUUCAAAGUGUUCUACAUAAUUGGCAGCCUGUGGUCAGCCGCGCUGUUCUAUUCAUGUUUGAGCGUUUGCCUUGGCAGUGAUGAGACAUCCAAUUCGAAGAUCCUGGCGCUGGGCAAGUGGCUCAUCCGCUUUCCCGAGUUCACGCAUGAUGCCGAGCCAGCAACCGCAACGAUGACUUCUGUCAGCUCGUCGGACGCCCUGGUGUGUGUGGGUCUGAUGUUCCUGCAGACGAGCCGGCGUCUGUACGAGGAGCUGUUUGUAAUGCACCCUUCUCCACGCGCCAAAAUGCAGACCUAUGUGUUUGUGUACGGCGCAGUAUUUUACGUGUUUGCUCAACUGGUAAUGAUUGAAGGCUCACCGUACGCUCUAGAUGCUCCUGUAUCAUGUCCCAGUGUACCGACUCUGAGUCUGGUCCGCUACGUGAUAGCCACAGUACUGUUCGCCUGGGCCUCCUAUCAUCAGCACAUGUGCCACCGGAUACUCGGAUCGCUACGCAAGCCAGGGGACACCAAGUACUACGUUCCGCACGGCGAUUGGUUCGACUACUCCUCCUCGGCACAUUACACGGCCGAGCUGGUGAUUUACCUGGCGUUCGGAAUGCUUGUCGGCGCGCAUCCUAGCUGGUGGUUAGUGUUCGGUGUCGCGUUUACCAGUCUGACGUACGUGUCCUUGAACACGCAUCAGUACUACAAGGAUAAGUUUGACAACUAUCCAGCUUCGCGCGCCGCGAUCUUCCCAUUCGUGCUGUGAGCCCAUAGAGCUGACUCACUUUUUUUUUACCUCACAGCGUCUUGUGAAUGCCAAUAGAGACGUAGAUGUGUAGAAUUCCGAUUUUAUUUUGUUAUCUCCUAGCUCCCAAGCAUGCACAAUAUAGCUGGUCUAUAAUACGGUGCACAACACGAUUGUUUAUUGCCGGCACAGCAAUCACUUUACUUCUUAGAAACUGAAUAACCUCGCCCGAAACUGCCCUGGUGGUAAUCUUGCAAUCCUUCCGUUCAAGAAUCACAUGUCUGUGCACGCUCAGUGUCUGCUCUGUAGCACUGCCCGGCAAGGCAGGACAUCAUCCCUCACUUCACCAAGCUCAUGAUUCCGAUUUUGUGUAAUAUUCACAGUCGAUGGUUACUUUCCCGUAGCUCCUUAGAGACGGUAUGUUUUGUUGCAUGCUGCACUAAUAGUCUUGCAGUACAUGUAGCAUGUUAUGCACACGCCUUUGCUAGCUGAGCCAGUGCUUUUGGAAGCUGCUGAUACCUAGGUGUUGCGUGCACAGACAGACUGUGUGCCAAGAAAACAGAAAUGAAUCGCCAACAUUCAGACUCUU